AUGAAUGAUUCAAAUUUUUCAGACUCUCUAUCAAUAAGUCUAUCCGAUAACGACAAUAGCAACGGUGGAAAUCUUUCCAAUCUACCUGAUUUAAAUUCCACCUUAUCAAAUUUCAUAAAAUCUGAUAACAAUUCAAUUUUCAAUUCUUUGAACCCUGAUUCAAUUUUAAAAAAUUCUUCUUUGUUUAAUAAACAAAAAAAAAAUUUCAAUUCUAUAAAUAAUUUAAAGUCUUAUAAAAAAUUAAGUAAAAAUUAUAAAAAUUUAAAAAAAAUUAAUGCUCUUUUAAAAAAUUAUUUAUCCAACCAAAAUGAUAAUCAAAAUGAUAAUCAAAAUGGUAGUCAAAAUGAUAAUGAUAAACUACAAUUGGAAUUAAUUUCAUUAUUAAUUCUAUCAAAUAAUAAUAAUAAAAAUUUAAAAAAGUACAACAUUAAUAUAGAAAAUGACAAUGAUAAUAACAUCGAUGAUGAAGUUGAUGAUAACUCAAUUAAUACAAUUUCUAAUGAAUCGGAAACUGAGAAUCAGCACUUGAAUCAAUUAAUUGAAAUAAACGACAAUUUAAACCAAGAUUUGAAUAAAAAAAUUAAUUUUUAUUCAAAUAUUAUCUCAAUCCCUUCAUUAAAUGAUUGGAACUUAAGAUUUGCUUAUCUAAAUAAAUUCAUUCCUCUAUUUAAAAUUAAUAUAAUAUCAAUCAACAAAAAUAACAAAAACAACAACAGUUCACUAAUCAAAAUAUCUUACAAUCUAAUAUUAACUUAUAUUUUCAAUUUUAACUUUACUAUAUCAUUUAAUACUUUUAAUAAUAAGCUAAUUAAUUUACUAUUAAAUAACUUAAAUUACAACAACCAUCUAUCUAAAAUCGAAUUAUUUCCAUUAAUAACUCACUUUUUUGAAAUUGAUAAUAAAAAUUCAAAAGAAAAUUUAAACAGUCCCAAUUACAUUUUAAUUCAAAAUGAUAUCAAUAAUUUCAUGGACUUUUUCAAUCACUUAAAUUCCUAUUCUCUUUUAUUACUAAAAAGAUUAUCUUUUUUCUUAAAAAUUUACAAUUACUUGAUAACUAAAGAUUUAUUGUAUUUAAAAGAUUUAAAUAAUUUAUACUUCAAUUUGUUUUUUAUCAAUAAGAUUUUAAAUUUAAUUGACGCAAAUAAGAACAAGAAUAAUAAAGAUAUUUCAACUGAUGAAAAAAUAGAAUUUAUUAAUUCAAUACUAUUGGAAAUUAAAUCUUUAUUAAAUGAAGCUGAUUUCCUAAAUUUGAAUAAUUCAAACCCAAAUAAAAGAUUAAUAUUUGCUUUAUUUAAAUUUUUCAAAAAUUUAAACCAUAUUAAUAUUGGAAAUAAUCAUUCAAAUUAUGAUUUAAUAAUAAAUUGGUCAAUCAUUUUCAAUUUUAGUGAUAAUAAAGGUAAUCUGAAUGAUUAUAAUCUUUUAGAUUCUAUAUUAGUUGAUAAUAAUUUUGAUGAUUAUGACAAUGAGAAAAUAUUAAGAUUCAAUGAGCCAGUUAAUAAAAUUGAAUGUUACAUUGACUUUAAAUCAAGCAAAUUAAAUGAAACUCCUAAAGAAUAUGAAAAUAUAAAUAGUUUAUUGAGAAAAUUAAUAACUAAAGAGGGGACUUUCAAUGGAACUGUCAUUCUAAUUAAUAAUUUUUUCAACAUAGGAAAAUAG